AUGAAUAGCAAUGUCGGAAAAAUUCCUUCAGAAAUAUGGAACAAAAAACACCCUGAUAUGAUCAUGCUUAAGUCUGCAACAGAUUAUUACUGGGCAAUCUUUUCCAUAUUUUUGUUUUGCGCCAUUGUUUAUCCUAUUGUCUCGAUCUUUUCCAGUCCACCAAAACGGAUGUUUUAUUAUGUAUAUUCUGUAACAUGCAUGGUUUCAGCCAUUGUUUAUUUUAGCAUGGCUGGUGAAUUGGGAUAUACGCUUGUCAACUUGAGUACUUCAACUUGGUUUCGCGGUAUACGGGUCGUCUACUUUGUGCGCUACAUUCAAUGGAUGAUCAAUUUUCCUUUGGUCAUUUCGAGCAUAUUUCACUUCGCAGGUGUCUCGUUUAUGCGGAUCCUCUUAACUGUAUUUAAUAUUUGGCUUUGCUUUUCAUGUUUAUUAGCUGCAGCUAUGACCGUGUCUACUCACCGUUGGGGUUUCUUUGCUUUUUCGUUGGUAGGUUAUGCUUGUGCACUUGUGCAUACCUGCGUAACGUACAAAUUUAAUAUCCAACCGUUGAAACGCAAAGCGAAAAUUGGGUUCCUAUGUUCUAUCAUUUACUUUUUCGUUCUCUGGGCUUCUUAUUUUGUAUGUUGGGGUUUGUGCGAGGGCAUUGGAUUCCCAUUGCCGAUCGGAGAAGCUGUUUUUUAUAGUGUCUUGGACUUCUUAGAAUUCCCUAUCUUUGGCGUCCUGUUUUCGUGGAUGAUUGACGUGGUUGGUUUGCAUAGAUUUUCAAAAACAUAUCUACGUUCUUUCCUAAGUGACAAUCCAGAAGCAAUAAAACUAGAUGUCAUAAGCGAAACGGAAUCACCAAAGGAAAAAGAUGAACCAGAAGCCCAAUAUACAGAUUCAUAA